GAUUGACUUCUUAUUUGUGCAAUCAUAGUUGAUCAUAUGAGCGUCGCCAUGGUGUCAAAGGAAGCUGGAGAGGCUUGCUAGCUAACUAGUCUCGACAAGUUUGAUACGGAUGAAGUCUUUGUUGGAUUUUACGAAAUGUGUUUGCUGCUCGGUGCGACCGGUGUUGGAAAGACGCUGCUCUUGAAACGUUUACAGAAGCUCAAUUUGAGAGACGGGACAACUGAUUUAGGGGAACCCCCUGUUACUCUACCUACGGUGGGCACCAACCUGACAGACCUGACUCUGAAGAGGAAGAGGGUGACCGUGAGAGAGCUGGGAGGCUGUAUGGGACCUAUCUGGCCCAGCUACUAUACGGACUGCUCCUCUGUCAUCUUCAUGGUGGACUCUGCCAACACCACCCAGAUCUCGUCCUCCUGUAUCCAGCUCCUGUCUGUCCUCUCUGCUGAACCACUCCACACAGCCUCUGUCCUGGUUAUCUUCAACAAGAGGGACCUCCCUUGUACCAUGAGUCUCGUAGAGAUGAUGUCACUGUUCAGGAUGGAUGACAUCAUCGCCUCUGCCACCCAGCCAAUCACAACCCUGGAACUGAGCGCUCGAUCCGGCCAGGGGCUCCAGGAGGUGUUGGCCUGGCUGGACUCCACCCCUAACUGACUGACUGACUGACUGACUGAUGUCAUAGAAGCAUCUUCCUUUCAGGAAGCAGUUCCUCAUUACUGGUGCUUUCAAGACAACUGGGAAAAAUACGAGGUCAUAUCAUGACGUCAGUGAUCUUCAGGUCGGAGCACUAGAAAGAGGCCCAAGUUCCCGAGUUGGAAUUCUAAGUUGGAUGACCGUUCAAAACGAUUUUCUCAGUCGGAGCUCGUCCCCCCCCCAGUUUUCACACCAAGAAUGAUGCCGUCAUUCACAUGGCAUCACGUCUUCUUGAGGAGGCGGGAUAUUAAUGCUCUUACAGCUGGAACAUCAUCCCUGUAUUUAUUGCCAACACUCUGUAUAGAUACUGUAUCUACCAGGAGUUGUUUUUCAAAGGCUGAGGGAGAACACUGUUAUAUCAUUUGGUUCAAGAAUUUCCAAACGGGGAAAUGCAUAAUCAUGUGUGGAGUAGUGUCCUCGAUGUAGC